CCGGAAGUGGGUGGUGGUGGUGCACGGUGGAGUCAUCAUCGUCAGCCCAGUGGUCACACCACCGUCGACAUAUAGUGCCAUCUGGGAUGACGCUCGCCACUGUAGGACCGAGAUUAUUUCGCGUCUGAUUCACGUCCCAGGGACAUCUAGACAAGCCUUCUAUCGUGGACUUCAAUUCAUAUUGUCAGUUUAAAGGAGGAUGAUGGAGGAGAUCGACAGAUUCCAAGUGCCCAAUGCCGUGCAGGAGGCGGAGAUGCAGCCGCUGGACCCGGCCUCCUCCACGGCAUCAGAAGCUGAUUCGGACACCAGAGAGGGGGAACAGGUCACAAUCAACUACAAGCCAUCCCCCCUGCAGAUGAAAAUCGAGAAACAAAGAGAGCUGGCCAGGAAGGGCUCGUUGAAGAACAGCAACGCUGUCGGCAGUCCAGUCAAUCAGCAGCCCAAGAAGAACAACGUCAUGGCCAGAACACGGUUGGUAGUGCCCAAUAAAGGCUAUUCCUCGUUAGACCAGAGUCCUGAUGAGAAGCCCUUGGUUGCGUUAGACACAGACAGCGAUGACGACUUUGACAUGUCGAGAUACUCGUCGUCAGGAUACUCCUCUGCUGAGCAAAUCAACCAAGAUCUCAACAUCCAGCUGCUCAAGGACGGCUACCGUUUAGAUGAGAUACCGGAUGACGAGGACCUGGAUCUGAUCCCACCUAAAUCAGUCAACCCCACCUGCAUGUGCUGCCAGGCAACCCCUUCCUCUACCACCUGUCAAAUCCAGUAACCCUGCCCCGCUGUGACCCUUCCCCUCCUCUGUCCACAAAGCGUAACCCCGAAAUUCAUCUGCAGAGUUUGCAUUGCUGUCAAGUAGGGUUGGGUAUCGUUUACAUAUUAUCCGGUAAUGGUACUUAAGAAAAGGAAAAGAUAAUUAUGUGGCAUGCAAGUUAACAGAAUAGUAAUUUGAAUACUUCAGUAAUAUAAAUACAAUUACUCGGGGUGCACCAUAAUUGCCAGACAGACAAUUAUCAGCCGAUAUGAGGGAUUAUGACAUCAUACCGAUAAAUCAGAUUACAUUAAAGAAAUAGCUGCGCUAACUGAUAAAAAAAAUAAUAAAAUGCUCCAAUGAGGCGAUAUUACCCAUACCGUGCUGUAGGUGGGUUAGAGUGAAUCAAGCGCUCCUUUGACGUGGUGCAUAUAGCCUGUCGUAACUUCCCCUCCUGAGCUCGCUUGUAAACAAACAUGGCGUCGAUUGCGUGGGAUUUCUCACUGUUUCAAAGGAAGACAUUUCGCCAAAUGCUCUGCAAACAUUUUGCGAUGAGGGUAAAAAAACACUGAUCUUCAACACAUCAAACCUUAUCAGCCACCUGAAACGCCAGCAUCGCUACGACGCCUGGGGUUUUACAGAGACGACCCGAGGGCUAAAUCGAUCAGUGAUUUCAUCAUGGAAAUGAUGACGCUAGCCCUUUACCAUCGGUGAAGAUCCCGGCUUUUGUUGGACAGUAAACCCCUUGGAGCUACGGUUUGUACUUCUGAACCGCCACAUUUUUUUAAUAGUAAUAAUGUCGUAAUAUUUGGUUAGGACAAAUCUACAGGUACAGUUUGCAAAAUCCAACUUUAUUUGAGUCGUUCUUACCUCCAGGUGUGCACAAACUACAGUUCAACCUAAAUGGAAAAAAAUAGCUAUAAAAAGUCUUGAGAAGCACAAAGGUAUUGGCAUCGGAAAAAAAUAUAUUGUGCAUCCCUAAAUAUUGUUUUUAAUAUUAUAUAGUCAUUGAGCAAAAUGAAGUUAAUACAAGACGUUACUUGCACAAUAUCACCUUUAAGCAUUUGUUGCCGGUGGCAUCAAGCAUAACGCCGUCAUGACCGUUGAAUCAGCGGUAACUAGAUGUCAUUUUUGCCUCAUUUUAAUGCCACUAGAUUUAGGAACUGAAUUGAGGCACCGAUGUCUUAGUUUUCGGUCUGGUUACUACCGUUUACAUCGGCACUGGUGCCAUUAUGGUACCAAGUUUCGGUACCCAUCCCUACUGCCAAGAGUGUCAGCAGUGAGGCCCUGGUAGAGAAUAUAGUACUGACUAAUAUCUACGAUGAUGGGAAUGACAAAUCCAUUCAUUACUAGAAGGUUUUGCUUCAAACUAUGUAUAGGUAUACAUGAAAAUAGUCAUAUAUAUUUGAAUGAUGGUGGUGUCCUCCUAUGGUAGGACAUAUACUUUGACUGAACACGAUGUAAAAAGGAUGAUAUAUGCUGACUCAGCUGCUCCGCUUACCUGAAAUGUGUUUUACAUUUUUAACUAGUGUUGUUUUCUACAUUUUUAGUUUUACCUGAUUGUUGCGUUUGGAAGAGGCAAAACACUGCAGUCUUGGCGUUCCAAGUGCUGUUGAUACUGUACUGUACAAGGUUGUGAUGUAGCACAGGCCAGGUUGCACUCGCCCGCUAUCCUUUCACCUCUUUUGUCCGGCUGGCUUUGAAAGGUUCAUGAAAGAGUUAGGAUUAAAUGUGACAACAUGGAUAAGUGAUAACCGGCCUAGCUAUAUGAAAAGGGAAGUUAAAAAUGAUUUGCACAUUUGAUUUCUACCCUUUCUAGCAUGUUGUGGCUCUGUGUUGUAUGAAAUUUCAAUUUGUUUUCACCAUUUUAGGCCUUUUCUUGCACAGCAUCGACACUGUUUCGCCAGAAAUAAACUGUUUAAAAAUGGAAUAUCUUCAAUAGGAAUGAGACCAAAGGACCAGGACAAACACUUUUCUGUCAUUUCAACCUUUAAAAGUUUGUUAUUUAUUAUACAUUUUACGGCACCCAUCACCGGUCUAUAAAACACAAGAAGGAUUCGGCUCCUGUUUUUGCACACAAAUGAUGCAUGCACAUAAACCUACUAUGUGAAUAGUUGAUGGGAAACAGAUGGAUUUGGAGCUCAAUUUUCUGCCCUAGCUCCCAAAUUAACUGAUCAUUUGCAGUUAGAGUUGCCUUAAGUAGAGACAAGUUAACAGGUUGUGUUAUUUAUUGCCAUGCUGAUGGGAAUAAUGAACACACUAACUUGAAUUGAUCUUAUUUUGACCUAAAAACAUGUUCUGUUUUCCUUUUUUAAUUAAUCGUGUUUGUAUUGUAAAACACAUGCAUUAAGGUAUUUAACAUUGUUAUUGUUAUGUGUGGUGUAUGAAAACAUUAAAUAAACACACAGCUAAUGGAAAA